AUGCGGAAGGAGCCUCUCACCACCGCGGCGAAUCCUGACUUUCCCCGCAAACUGCAGAGGUCCACGACGCUACCAUGGGAUAGUGAUAAACCUUUCCAGUCGACUUACUACGAUGCACGCAUGCGCGCCUCGCCGGCGCUGCUGCGUGCUCGCGCCCCGUAUCUGCUGAAGAACACCAUCACGGGGUUCGCAAUCUGCUCGCUUGUCAUUGGCAUUUACACAUACACCAUCAACGCCAUCUCCCAGGACGAGUUCGAAGACGUCAUUGUACCUGACGAGCCCCUCGUACGAUCGCAGCAGCCCGCCGGAACAACAGCUGCUGUUCAGCAAGCCGUUGCGGCGAGAAAGUAA